UACAAAAAACAAAAUUGCUUUGAAUUUUGAGUUGAAUCUCUCUAAUUUGCUCUAUAUAUUAUCAGCUUGAUAUAUUUAUAUUUACAUACAUAAUAAAGAUGGAGGAAGCUAUUUCUUUCAUCUUUCAGGGAUGCAAGCUAGCGCAAGACCUAGAAAGGAACCUUCAACACUACGUCUCCAAUAACCAAUUAUUGCCUCCACCAAUACUAAUGCUUUCAGAAUCUUGUGACGAAAUCAUCAAGAUGUUUGUUUCUGCCAAGGAACGGCUAAUUAGCAAUCCUCUUCCUUCUUCUUCAUACUCUCCUCCUCCUCCUCAGUUGUUCUCAGUCGGUCACGACGCGAGCCUGCACGAAUGGUUAAGGUCGGCAAUGGCAGCAGGGUCAGGUUCAUCAACAUCAGUUCAAGUUCCGGUCACCGGGACAACGCAGUUGGAUUCAGGCCAGUUAUUGUUUGGUUCUUCGCCAUCAUCCUCACAGCAGAGACCAAGAAGAAGGAAGGAUGAUGUGGAGAAGAAGACAGUGAGGGUAGCAGCUCCAUUGAUAGGAAAUACAGACCUUCCACCAGAGGAUGGAUACACUUGGAGAAAGUAUGGCCAGAAAGAGAUUUUGGGGUCAAGGUUUCCAAGGGGUUACUAUAGGUGCACCCAUCAAAAGAUGUAUCAAUGCCCAGCGAAGAGGCAAGUCCAGCGGCUCGACCAUGACCCCUACACUUUUCAAGUCACCUACCGGGGCAACCACACCUGCCAUAUGUCAUCCACCGCACCUUCAAUUGCUCCACCAACUCAUAUGGCCGCUACUUCUAGUGGUACACACCAGCUCCCCAGUCCCCCUCCAUGGCUGGAGUUCAAUUUGGGCGGCGGAGGUAGUAGUAGUGGCAGCACCAUGGCGGCCACCGCAGGAGGAAGUAGUGGUGCGGAUAUUGCAGCAGCUGGUCCGUCGUCCUAUCUUGUGGCGGAAAUGGCUGAUGCAAUGUUUAAUUCUGGAAGCAGUAGUACCAAUAGCAUGGAAUUUCUUUUCCCGUCUCCUCAAGAUAAGUGGGACCCAGAAGACAGCAAGAAUAACUAAAAUUAAUGGAUUCCAAUGUUUUAGCAUUUAGAAUAGUUGGGACAAAAAACAUAUUAGCAGUUUCGAAUUAAAACUAGUAACCCAAUCGGUACUAGAUAUAUAUAGGUUGAAUUAAUUACUCAUGGUUAGAUGUUUAAUUUACAUUCUUGGUAUUUUUCAUUCUUAAUUUCAUGGCAAUUAAUAAUAAUAUUCUUUGUGCUCUUUGUUU